AUGGAUAGUCGAGAAUCUUUCGAAGAAGUUAUCCGUUUGAGAGAACAGAUCUUGGAGACCAAAGCCACUGCUACCAGUGGGAGUAGUAGAGGAAAACGACAAGCGCCAAGAGUUCCUAUGGCGAUAGCAGGAAACAAAAGUGAUAAAGAACUUAAGACUGUUACACCAGAAGAAGCAAUCGCUUACUGCAACACUCAAGACUCAGCGUGUGUCUUUAUCGAAACAUCCGCCAAAAAGAACUGCAACGUAGAAGACUUGUUCUACGAACUCUUCAUAGUAUCUAAUCUUCCCCUAGAAAUGGCCCCAAAUCACCACAAAAGAGUUAGUACAGCAUUUGGAAGCCCUUGCACUUUACCUCCAACAAGUAGCCAAAGCAGUAGAAGUAAAAAAUGUACUCUUUCAAUAAAGAGACGUUUGUCUGACGCUUGCGGUGUGGUUGCACCGAACGUCAGAAGACCAAGUAUUCGCACAGAUUUAAUGAUAAUGAGAACAAAGACUUGUGCCAAAGGAGACACGGAUAGUGCCAGCGGUAGUCCGAAAAUCACGCUAAAUAGAUUUGUGAGGUCUUCUGGACAAACUGAAAAGCGAUCAUGUGCAGUGCAGUGA